AUGCCUCCUAAGAAGAAAUCCGGCAAAAAGAAAUCUGGGAAGAAAAAGAAGGGCAAGAAGAGCGGUGCGUCAAAGGAACCAAAGUUGACAGUCGAGGAAGCUAUCGUUGCUUUUCAGUGAGUUUUUUUAUUUAUGGAAGAGAUUGCUUUUUACUUUACUGGUAUUUCUUGUCGAAUGUUGAUUGUGCAGUUUCAGUGAUGGUAUUCCCAAAACAUUACUUCAUCAGAAAUAAAUCGAUUUAUCCUUUGAACAAAUAGACUGCUAAGUACUGCUAAGCAACGAGCCAUAAAGCCGUUAAAUCUUUAAUUUAUUUUCAAUACAAAACAUAAUUGCUGCAGCUAACAUUCAGCAAUGUUAGUUAAAUGGGUCAACUUUGGACACCAGGGACAAUAGACCAUGAAACACCAGUGUCCAACUUUAUUUCAGAUUAAGUGGAAGGUUUUUUGUUUUGCUCUCCAUUGAAUGAUAUUUUCGUCGGAAUCUUAUGAAGUUAAUGCUCUUUUUCUUUCACAAAAAUGCAAACAUCAAUUAUUUAGUGUCCCAUCUCAAUUCAUUCAAUUAAAAAAUAUAGCUCUUGCAUGCAUAGUAUGCCUAUGUUUAUGAAAUGCUCAACAUUUAACUAAUCUGUCGAACUAACUCGACUUUGCUGGAAGAUAUAUAUGGAUGCUUUAAUAGGGUCAACAUUGUUAUUUGUAUGUUUUGUAACAUGCUGACUAUUUGCACAGUCUGUCAAAGCAAUAACACUUUGCUAUUGGUUCAUUUUUGAUCAAAUUUCAGGAUAGAAGUUAAACAGAGGAAUUUUGAAGAUCUUAUGUAUGAUUUACAAUCCCUCAAGGAAAAGAAUGAAAGACUAAAAGACAGGGUAAGGGAUGGAGUUUCUGUUGUAUCUAGAGAGACACAGUGGCACUGUGACUUGGUUGGUGGACUUUCUGUAAAGAGGUCAGGGUUCCAGACUAGGGUGGAUCAUUGUGUUGUGUUCCUGGGCCUGAGGCUUUACCCUCACACUUGCUGUGAGAGUACAGUCAAAUAAAAGGGAAGAAGGUAAAGUCUGAACUUGAGCCCGUCCAUUCUGAACUUAUCUCACUAUAGUAUGAAGCAAGUAGGAGUUUUGAUACUCCCCCCUGGAUGGGAUUCUAGUCUAAUGCAAGUCCCCCCCCUCCAGCAUUUCAUCAAGCUUCCUUGACAGUUCCUCUCCUUUACCCAAUCCAUUUAACCCCUUAGUCCUUAGUGGAGAGAGGCACAACAGGCCCGGCAAGAUCUCGAACACAGACCUCAAGAACCAGAAUCCAUUCCACUGACCAUAAUGUCAUUGUGUCUCUCACUCAUCAAAAGUAAGUACUUUUCAACUGGGGUAUGAAAAACUCGGCAAUAGAAAUUUACCUGUGGGUAGUUUACUCUUCACAUAUUGGUGGCACAUCAAUUCUGCAUUUCACAUUUUUGUUCAUAACAUUUCCAAUGGUUAUUAUAUAAGUCUGUUAAAAAUUGCUUAUUGCAGCUAAGUACAAGUAAAUGUAAAUUAACGUGAGUUUGUUUAUUUAAGAACCAACGUCUCAAGGAGGAGCAACUACUGCAUAUUAAAACUCUUUUAAAACAAGUGAAAGAAAAAGAUAAGGAAGUGGAGAAAGCAGCAGAGGUUGGACAUGAACAAGUUGAGGCUGCUUUACUGCAAAAAUUUGACUUGAUGAAGACUGAAGAAGCAGAAGUUCAAGGUAUAAUAUUAUUGUGUUUUGCUUGAUAUGCAGAAUGAUCUAUUAAUGGUUAUGAAACUUUAUAAAAUAGUGUGUGACUCAUUGGUUUUUAGCAUUUUGGCUUAUUUAGUCUGUUUAAGUGAUUCACACCUGUAUUAUCUCAGUUAUAUCAAUGAUGCAUCAUAAUUAUACUUCACUAGGAUAACAAACUACACCUUUAUUGCAAUGCUCACUGAAAUAUGCUUGUCAUAAAUCUUAAGUUUGUACGUUAGACUGCAAAUGUUUGUUUAAAUAUGUAUCUGACAAACUUGAAUCUGUGUAUGGUUUAUUCUUAAUUCAUUAGCACAAAAUGAUCACAUUCAAAAGAAAGAAGCUGAAAUAGAAGAAGUACGCAGGGACAUAAGGAGGCUCCAGGAAUACAGGGUAUGCACUACAUUAUGUAUAUCAAAGGUUUAAUAUGAUAUUUAAAAGUUGUGUGUCAGGUCCAUUUCAAUUUGUAUUAGAAACCUAUAAUAAUUGUUUAAAUAUUUUAUUUUGUAAAGUGUGGUAACUGUCAUGGCAAGAAAUUUGCAAGGUUUCAAUAUCUGUCAACAUGUAACGCAUACAGUAAUGGUUAAGCUGAAAACUUACACAUUUCAAGCUGUAUAUUUUUUUCUUGUUAUGAGUAUUGUUGUACUAAAAAGGCAAAUAUUAUCCUUUCACUGAUGGAUUUUUUUGUCACUAAAAUUUUGUUGUAACUAGUUGACAAUCUACUAUUGAAAUAAUGAUUUCUUUAAGUUUUAUCUUAUUUGAGUUAAAUAAUAAAUGAUUAUAGCCUGGUGUAGAGGUUCAGUUUAGGGGGAUAGUGGAGGAAGAGCAAAAGGUCUACUGACUGAAUGCCUGGAACAAGCUAAUUGUUAAUUUGUUAAUUCAAAUAUUGCUUGUUAACAAAAAAACAUUCAGCUGAGUUUGCUUAGUCUCUUGUAUUGUUGUGUUACACAGGAUGUAGGUGCAGAGGAACAUGCAAAACAAAUAGUGCUACUGAAACAAGAUCUGAGAGAAAUGCAGGAUUCCCAGGAUGACAUUGCAGGUAAAGGACUCAAAUUUGUAUUUGUAUUAAAAAUGCAAGUUUGAGGAGGCAGUGUGGCCAAGUGGUCAGGGCACUGGACUUGUAAUCUGGUGUUCCUGGGUUCAAGUCCUCCACCCUGCUAUUCACUGAAUUUGCUUUUGGUCACCUUAAGUUCUACUCCUCAGCUGCACUUUGUAAAUAGCCAACUAUUUACAUUCCAAUUGAUAUUUGAAAAACUACAAUGUCAUCAGCACUCUCUUCCUCCUUACAAUAUAUAUUUUUACAUUUUUUUAUUUUUUUUUUUUUUGGGGGGGGGGACUGAUGUUACAGUUUUCCUUUGCAAAGGAAGUUUUACUUCCUUAGGAAAGGAAAUUUGAUACUUUCAUUCAUUUGUAAGUUUGAACCAUUUUCAAAGUUGCUAGUUUAAUUUAUAGAAGUGUGCAAAAAGUUUUUCCUUGAAGAUUUGUGAAUUUUUUUCCCUCUGAUUGGGCCAUAAUUGUAAAGUUUUUGUGUUCUAAAUUGUAACAGCUCAUCUAGAAAGAAGCUUAAAGAUAGCCAAAGAUGAAAUUGAAACUUACACUGAAUCAACAAUCUCCAAACAGAAGGAUAUAGCAAAUGAGGUAUAGGCCACUGAUAACAUAAUUAUUUGAUUUUAUAUUUUGUACUGCUUUAUAUUCAAACUUAUUUGCCCACAGAAUUUCCCCAUUCUUUUUCAUUAACCCUUUACACUCUAAUAUCAGGAUGCUUAUUCUACAUACUGUUCUCCAAACAUAUCCUCAGAAGUUGACAUGGAGAAUUUGUUGAACAAUCAAGAGCUUGUUUGAUUGGUGAUCAUUUCCUUUAUUCUCAUGAUCCUAAUGUUUGAGUCAGGGCUUAUGUUGAGAGGAGAAAGCAGAUGCUGGUCACCAAAGGUCGAGGGUUAAGUGAGACUUUCCUUUAAAACAGCAAGUAUACCUUUUUUUUAGAAAGCAACAAAUAACUUGGACAAGGAUAGCUGUGGGGAAAUUUUGGACCACAGAUGGCUUAAGAAAGAGGUUUAGUAUCAUGAACAUUGAGUCUGAGUUCUCACAGAUUUUAUUUAUGUCCUCAUGCAACACUACAAUUUAAGAAGUAUUAGAUAAUUGGAAGGAAGUCUCCUUGAAGACCUCAAUGAUAUCAACUAUUGUAAGAUGAUUUGCUCUCCAAAAGGCAGAAGGAGGUUUAUCCAAUAUAACAGGAUUUGAACUGCAGACUUUAAGGCAUACAGCCACCUAGUAAACAUGAUAGACAUUGCUGCUAUAUUAUUUGUCUGGGGUGCUGACUUGUUACUGGAUUAACUAUGCUCACUUUGGUGUGUGUAAAAAAUUGAACCUCUAAUUAAAAACAAUUUUAUUAGGUUGCUAUUCAUCGUGAAGGCCAUGCUGACCUAUCAGCAAAAGUAGAGGACUUGGAAAAAAGAAACUUGGAAAUCAUGAGUGAGAUGUUUGACUGUAAGGUUGAAGACCUCAAGUUCACUCGGUCAGUCUUUUUUCUUUUGUGCUUGUAGCCCCCUAAUGUAGGUGAAUGUCAUUUGGCCCAAGUUUCCUUCACGUUCAGAGUUGACUGAUCAGUCUAAAUCAGUCUAGUAGAGUGUGCUUGAAUCUGGUUUGUAGCAGAGCAGUGGUCAAAUAGGACUGAGAUAUAAUAUCAAGAAAGAAAGAAAGAAAGAUGGCUAACGAUAGUGGACAACUUUGAGACUGAUUGCAAAGGAAGACUAAAUUUUGUUUCUUUGAGGGCCAUUAAGUCUUUUUUCAAUUGAUUAUUAAAAUUUUGUUUCAUCUUGUUUUUGUUCAUUUAUUUACAUAUUUAUUUAUUUAUUUUACUUUGUCGUUUGAAUCAUUUUCUUUCCUCUUGCAUGCUGUGGUGGUAGGCUCUUUUUUAAAAGGCAUAACCAUCAUGUUUGUAACUUGGGGAACAUCACUUUUCAGGCAGUUUUAUCUGAGUUGUAUAGAGGAUGAGGACAGUUCAGAUGAAGACGAUGUUGAAGAUGAUGGAGAAGAGGUGAUUGCUUCGCAUGGCGUCCUUGGAGAACAAAAUGAAAAACCGGAUGAUCUGCUAGAUAACUAUUUCCUCCCUGGUGAGGAUGAUUUUCAGGUAAGUGCUUGUGAAAGGAGUUAUUUCUGUUACAAUGUUUUGACGUAAUUAUCCAAGUAACAUGAUACAUUUAAUGCAAUUUUAAAUCCCUUAAAAGUUCGAAUAUGAAAGGGGCUAGUUCAUGAUCACUUCUUUUUCUGUCAAUUAUAUAUUCUAUAUAUUAGUUAAGUAGUGUUACCAAACACCGAAGAGGUAAAUAUAAAGUAAAAUGUAAUAUGCAUGGAGAAGAAACACACAGAUUGAAAAUAAUUUACUUUCUGUCCAAUUCAAAUUCAGGACUCUCCGCGCCUUGGACCAAUGGAACUACAACUUCUUUCAGUGAUUGGCACAAGGAAACCAGUCUUCUCUCAUCCUAUGGACAUGGACCCAGAUGGACGCGAACUUGCCGCGUUACCGGGCUCCGCAGACUCAUCACGGCCAGGGAACUACACAAGCCCUCGAAAUUGGCCCAUUACGAACACCAUGCUUCAAUCACUGGCCAUACAAUGAAUACUUCAUUCUUAUUGCUGGCUGGUUGACCCGGCAUGACGUGAAAAAUUUCGUAAAAGGAAUUGAAUAUAUACAACGGAAGCGAUGGUUAGAUCAGGAAAGUUUCAACAGUUUAGUUGGCGAAGGAUUGCACCUUUUUAUUACUUGUAACUCGCUUGACAAAUCUAAAUUUAUGUUUGUACUGUAUAUAAAUAUACAUGUAUUUAUUUCACACUGGAGCAAUUUCCUCGGUCA